AUGACUAAUACAUCAUUGUUGAUUAAGAAUGGUACUGUGGUCAAUGAGGAUAGACAAUCAUUGGCUGACGUGUUGAUGGUAGAUGGUAUCAUCACUCAGGUUGGCACCAACCUAUCACCACUAUCCAAUGACACAACAGUCAUUGAUGCAACUGGCAAGUUUGUCAUACCAGGUGGCAUUGAUCCACAUACUCACUUCCAACUACCAUUCAUGGGUACAGUAGCUGUAGAUGACUUUGAUAUUGGAACAAAGGCUGCUAUAUCCGGUGGAACAACAUUUGUUAUUGACUUUGUUAUCCCACUCAAAGGACAUUCUUUACUUGAGGCUUAUGAUCAAUGGAGAGGAUGGGCUGAUGCCAAGGUGAAUCAUGACUAUUCAUUACAUGUUGCCGUCACUUGGUGGAGUGAGCAAGUUGCCAAAGAGAUGGAGAUUCUUGUUAAAGAACGUGGUGUCAACAGUUUCAAAGUAUUCAUGGCCUACAAGAACUCAAUGAUGGUUACCGAUGAGGAGAUGUUCCACAUCUUUAAGAAGUGCAAGGAGCUUGGAGCAUUGGCCCAGGUCCAUGCCGAGAAUGGAGACCUCGUAUUCGAGGGCCAAAAGAAGAUGUUGGAACUUGGAAUCACUGGACCAGAGGGCCACGAGAUGGCCCGUCCAGAGGAGUGUGAAGCCGAGGCCACAUUAAGAGCAAUUACAAUUGCCAACAGAGUCAACACACCUCUCUAUGUCGUACAUGUUAUGAGCAAGUCGGCUGCAAAUGUAAUAGUACAAGCGAGAAAGGAAGGCAAACGUGUCUAUGGUGAGCCGAUCGCCGCUGGACUCGGUGUUGAUGGCACACAUAUGUGGAACUGCGAUUGGCGCCACGCCGCUGCCUUUGUCAUGGGACCACCACUGCGACCCGAUCCAACAACCAAGGGAUUCCUCAUGGAUCUGCUGGCGAGUGGCGACCUGCACUGUGUCGGCACAGACAACUGUACCUUCUGUGCCAACCAAAAGGCCAUGGGCAAGGACGACUUUACAAAGAUACCCAAUGGAGUCAACGGAGUUGAGGACCGUAUGUCCAUCGUUUGGGAGAAUGGAGUGAACACUGGCAAACUGACGCCCUGCGACUUUGUCAGAGUGACAAGCUCGACAGCCGCCAAGAUAUUCAACAUCUAUCCAAAGAAGGGACGCAUUGAGGUCGGCUCCGAUGCCGAUAUUGUCAUCUGGGAUCCGCAGGCCGAGAAGACAAUCUCUGCCAAGACCCAUCACCAUGCAGUUGACUUUAACAUAUUCGAAGGCAUCAAGGUUCGCGGCUUGGCCGCCACCACGAUCGUCGCAGGCAAGGUUGUUUGGAACAAUGGAACAUUGAGCACAACACUUGGAAGUGGACGUUUCGUGCCACGUCCGUCGCAUGGCUGUGUGUUUGAUGGCAUCAACAAGAGAGACGAAGUCAGGAACGAGCUGUUGCGCAAGGUUGACAGGCAGCCAUACACCGGUCCGGUGUUUGUACCCAAGAGUUGA